AUGUCAACACCAAAGCCAGAAAAGGAAUUACAUUUACCACUUUCAAGAGUAAAAACUAUCAUGAAAAGUUCACCUGAAGUAGAUGCUGUCGGCCCCGAACCUUUAUACUUAGUUACCAAAGUUACUGAAUUAUUUGUGAUAGAUUUAGCCAAGCGAGCAUUUAAGAAUAGUUCUAACAACUUGUUAGAAUACAAGCACAUAGCUGAUGUUGUACAAGAAGAUGACAGCUUAGAUUUUCUACGUGAGAUAAUACCAAGAAAAAUCACAGUUAAGCAAUUUAAAGAAAUGAUGGCCCGUAAAGCGGCUAAAGCAAACUCAGAUGAUUCAACUGAAGAGUCAAGCAGUGAAGAAAGUAGUGAUGAGAGUGAAGAAAGUCAGGAAGAAUAA